UAAACUAACCCUAAAAGGAACCUUAGAGCUAGCCAAAACAAGCUUUAAAUUUCCUUAACAAUUCGCUUUCAGAAAAUAUUUUGUAGUGAUAAUGGAGGAUGAAAGAGUUGGUCUUCCGCCAGGUUUUUGUUUCGAUCCAACAGAUGAAGAGCUUAUUAUGUAUUAUCUCAAAAGUAAAGUUGCUGGCUUACCGUUCUACCCCAGCAUCAAUAUUCCUCAUCUUGAUUUUUCUUCUUCUGAUCCUUCUCAACUCAAUGAGAAAGCUUUGUGGAGCAAAAACCAAUGGUAUUUCUUCAGCCAAGUAAACGAAAAUCGAGCUACAAGAAAAGGAUAUUGGAAGGAAGGACAUAUGAAUGAGCCAAUUAUACUCGAAAAUUUUGGAGAAAAAAUGGUAGGAAUAAAAAAGUACUUUGGGUACUAUAAUAUUGAUGAAGUACAAACUAAUUGGAUUAUGGAAGAAUUCCACCUCGCUAGCAGUAAUUCCUUCAAGAAGCCUAGCAAAAACGAAAAUGAAACGGAAUGGGUUUUAUGUAGAGUACAUGAAUCGAACAAUCAAUCUCAAGGGAUAAAUUGGCUCUAUAGAAAUUGUGAUGAUGAAGUUGAGCUCUCAGCUUUGGAUGAAGUCUUUUUAUCUAUGGAUGAUGAUGAAGAAGAGGAGAUAAGUUUUCCAUAAGAGCUAUAGGUCUUAAAGUAAUGUAGUAGCAUUUAUGGUCUUUCAUAUAAUUAUACUUUAGUACAUAUAACUGUAUAUACAAUACCUAUCUGUAAUAGUAUUGUACAUUGCAUAUGGUCUUUGAUAUAAUUAUACCUUGAGGACAUAUUACUUCCAUAUUACACAUAUAUGUAAUAUCAUAUAUAGCGUGUCUCUCAUAAUUGUACGUUGCAUACGUGAAUACAUCAACUCCUACUUAU